AUGGAAGACUCUACAUUAGCCGCCACGACUGCGAUCCUGCAAAGUCUUGCAUUAUCGAGUCUCGAUCUUCCACAGUCAAAUGUUUACGGCAAUACGGGGAUUAGGAUACCAGGUGCAGAUACAGCAGGAAAGCUUGCCCUCGAGCAAGCACUUGCGGCGUUGGUAUUGAGGGUUCAGAGAUUAGAAACAAAAGCGAUCACAGACAGCAUUCAUGAUCUACCUGAUACGCCAAAUGAAAUAGGAGCACCGUCUGCCUUCGCCGAUGUACUCACGGGCGCUCCAUCCCGAGUUUCGAAGAGUAUUGCAUCUCGACAACAGCUCGUAAAUUCGUUACUUGCCGCAAGAGAAAUCCCUUCGGGCGGUGAACGACCUCCUAAAUUUACGAAAUUAAGUGAUGAGGAACUCGAAGCACUCCGCGAACAUGUCAACGAACAAUCAAAACAGCUUAAUAGUCAGAAAUCUGAGUUGGCCGGUGUACAUGCUCAACUAUUUGAUCAGAAGCAGAGACAAGAACAAGCACUCAAUGUUCUCGAAGUGGAGCGUGUAGCAGCACUCGAAAGAGAGCUGAAGAAGCAUCAACAGGCCAACGAGGCUUUCCAAAAGGCUCUACGGGAAAUUGGAGAGAUUGUCACAGCUGUAGCUAGAGGUGAUCUUAGUAAGAAGGUACAAAUCCACUCCGUGGAGAUGGACCCUGAAAUCACAACUUUCAAGCGGGUUAUCAAUACUAUGAUGGAUCAGCUUCAGAUAUUCUCAAGUGAAGUUUCUCGUGUAGCUAGGGAAGUCGGCACAGAAGGUAUCCUUGGUGGACAAGCCAAGAUAUCUGGUGUUGAUGGUACAUGGAAGGAGUUGACUGACAAUGUCAACGUUAUGGCACAGAAUCUCACUGAUCAAGUCCGAGAAAUUGCAUCCGUCACUACCGCCGUAGCCCAUGGAGAUCUUACACAGAAAAUUGAGAGACCGGCUCAGGGCGAGAUACUCCAAUUGCAACAAACUAUUAAUACCAUGGUGGAUCAACUCAGAACCUUCGCCGCCGAAGUCACCCGCGUAGCAAGAGAUGUCGGAACCGAGGGUAUUCUUGGGGGUCAAGCAGAAAUCGAAGGCGUACAGGGCAUGUGGAACACUUUGAUUGUCAAUGUCAACGCCAUGGCCAACAAUCUUACCACACAAGUGCGCGAUAUAGCAAUUGUCACAACAGCCGUCGCGAAGGGAGAUCUGACUCAAAAGGUUCAGGCAGAAUGCAAGGGUGAAAUCAAGCAGUUGAAAGAGACUAUAAAUUCCAUGGUGGACCAAUUACAACAAUUUGCGCGAGAAGUUACGAAGAUUGCUAGGGAGGUCGGUACAGAAGGUAGACUGGGUGGACAGGCAACAGUGCAUGAUGUGGAAGGUACUUGGAGAGACCUCACCGAAAAUGUGAAUGGUAUGGCCAUGAAUCUUACGACACAAGUACGAGAGAUCGCAAAGGUUACUACUGCUGUCGCAAGAGGAGACUUGACCAAGAAGAUCGAAGUGGAAGUCCAGGGAGAAAUCGCUUCGCUUAAAGAUACCAUCAACACCAUGGUGGACAGGCUUGGCACAUUUGCGUUUGAGGUUAGCAAGGUCGCUAGGGAGGUCGGAACUGACGGAACCCUUGGUGGUCAAGCCCAGGUUGAUAACGUGGAAGGAAAGUGGAAAGACCUCACCGAAAAUGUGAACACGAUGGCCAGAAAUUUGACUACUCAAGUACGAGGUAUAUCGACUGUUACACAAGCUAUUGCCAAUGGAGACAUGAGUCAGAAGAUUGAGGUUGCUGCUGCCGGUGAAAUACUCAUUCUAAAGGAAACCAUCAACAACAUGGUAGACAGAUUGAGUAUCUUCUCCAACGAAGUGCAAAGAGUCGCCAAGGAUGUGGGUGUGGAUGGUAAGAUGGGCGGCCAAGCUGACGUUGCUGGGAUUGGCGGCCGCUGGAAAGAGAUCACAACGGACGUCAAUACCAUGGCCAACAACUUGACGACCCAAGUGCGCGCCUUUGGCGACAUCACUAACGCUGCCACUGAUGGCGACUUCACGAAGCUGAUUACCGUUGAGGCAUCAGGAGAAAUGGAUGAGCUGAAACGCAAGAUCAACCAGAUGGUGUACAAUUUGAGGGAUAGUAUUCAAAGAAACACCUUGGCUAGGGAGGCAGCCGAAUUCGCCAACAGAACGAAGUCUGAAUUCUUGGCUAAUAUGUCUCACGAGAUCCGAACACCCCGAGAGAUGCUCAACAUUGUCCAUAACUUGGCCAACAGUUUAUUGACCAUCAUAGAUGAUAUUCUCGAUUUGUCGAAGAUCGAAGCAAACCGCAUGAUCAUGGAGGAAAUCCCAUAUACCCUUCGAGGAACCGUUUUCAACGCACUGAAAACACUUGCUGUCAAGGCUAAUGAGAAAUUCUUGGAUCUCACCUACCGUGUGGAUAGCUCCGUACCAGAUCACGUCGUGGGUGAUUCGUUCCGUCUUCGACAAAUUAUACUCAAUUUGGUUGGAAAUGCCAUCAAAUUCACAGAGCAUGGUGAAGUUUCUUUGACUAUCCAAAAAGCCGAACAAGAUCAUUGCGCGCCAAACGAAUACGCAGUCGAGUUCUGCGUAUCUGACACUGGUAUUGGUAUUCAAGCUGAUAAGCUCAACUUGAUUUUCGACACUUUCCAGCAAGCCGAUGGCUCUAUGACGAGGAAAUUCGGAGGUACUGGUCUAGGUCUAUCAAUCUCGAAGAGACUCGUGAACCUCAUGCGUGGAGAUGUCUGGGUUAAGAGCCAGUACGGAAAAGGCAGUUCAUUCUACUUCACAUGUACAGUCCGUCUCGCAACCUCAGAUAUCACCUUCAUUCAGAAACAACUCAAGCCAUAUCAAGGUCACAAUGUUCUGUUCAUCGACAAAGGACAAACUGGUCAUGGCAAAGAAAUAAUCACCAUGCUUACACAACUUGGCUUGGUUCCCGUUGUUGUCGAUUCGGAACAGCAUACGAUUCUUCUCGGAAAUGGAAGAACUAAGGAGAAGAUUGCUUCAACCUAUGAUGUGAUUGUUGUGGACUCGAUCGAGAGUGCCCGAAAACUGAGAUCAAUCGAUGAGUUCAAGUACAUUCCGAUUGUACUCUUAGCUCCAGUUGUUCAUGUCAGCUUGAAGUCUGCUUUGGACCUUGGUAUCACUUCUUACAUGACCACGCCAUGUUUGACAAUCGACCUUGGCAAUGGUAUGAUUCCUGCGUUAGAGAACCGAGCUGCACCUUCGUUAGCCGACAAUACCAAAUCAUUCGACAUUCUCCUGGCCGAAGAUAACAUCGUUAAUCAACGCUUAGCCGUGAAAAUCUUGGAGAAGUACCAUCACGUUGUUACCGUCGUCGGAAAUGGUCAAGAGGCACUGGACGCUAUCAAGGAGAAACGAUACGACGUCAUUCUCAUGGAUGUUCAAAUGCCAAUUAUGGGAGGAUUCGAAGCAACGGCUAAGAUUAGAGAGUACGAACGAAGCCUUGGAACGCAAAGAACGCCGAUCAUCGCUCUUACAGCACACGCUAUGUUGGGUGAUCGCGAGAAGUGUAUUCAAGCCCAGAUGGAUGAAUAUCUUUCUAAGCCUCUGAAGCAAAAUCAUCUAAUCCAAACGAUCUUGAAAUGCGCAACACUCGGCGGAGCACUCUUAGAAAAGGGUAGGGAGGUCAGGCAAUCUGCCAACGAAGACAGUCCAAACACGCAGAAUGGUACUCGCGGACCCGCACAGCAUUCUUCAUCGAGUCCCACACCAACCCACAUGAGACCGGCUAUCGAGCCUCGUGCAUACACGACUACCGGCCCUAUAAAUCAUGGGAGUUUGGAGAGUCCUUCGAUCGUAGCGGCAGAUGCUGAGGAUCCACUUGCAAGGCUUCUGAUGCGUGCGCAUAGCGGCUAG